CUGAACAUUUCAGCAAGGCUCUAACCCGGACACAAGAUUUAGCAACGUCGAUCGCGAUCUGCUCUGCGAGUGCUGCGGACAGUGCCACUCUUCUAGCUAUCCGUACUAGUAAGUUGCAAGGUUGCUUGAAAUGGUCAAUCCAUUGGGAAACAAAAGCAGGCCAGACUCCCCCGUCCUGCACCGUGACGUCCUCGAUGUUCUUGAAAUGUCAGCACCCAAAUAAUUUGGAGGAGAUAUGAUAGGGCGAUUAAAGCGCGCAGUGCGGUUACGGCGUUGCAGUGCAUAUGGAGCAGUCGGUUGAACAAGGUUCAGAGCGGACGGCACCGUCGUGGGCCUUUGUGGUGCUCCCGGCUCAAGAAAUGCAGCGUGCACAGCCUGUUUGGCACGCAGCAGGUCACGGCAAGUGGUCAAUCAUUUCAGCCCCGUGGGGUGGGCUGCAGGUGUGUAUCACAUUGAAUUUCGAUCGGGCGAUGGAACAUGUAGCGAGGGACGAAUCAAACGUACGGAUGUGCGUUUUGGUUGGCGCGAAAAGUGGCUGGCGAGGUUAUCAUUUCCAAAAUGCAGGGGUGGUUUUAGAGCCUCAGGCAGUGACUCAUAAUGGCAGAUUGAGAGGGAGGCCACAUACCCAUUUGCGCAUUGUCGUACGUACAGAGUAGAAGGCCUGGAUAGGCAGACUGGAAAGUCUUCAGAGGUCGACGAAGGGGUCCUCGAAUAGAGAUCUUCUUGAG